AUGUUACAUUCUACCAUUGCAGAUCAAGACACCAAACAUGUGUAUGCAUGUUACGCCAAGACGUUUUUCCCGAAGUGUACUGAUGACAGAAAGAUGGCUAUCCUCGGAUUGGAAUACGGCGUGAAAACUCCAUCAGUGGUUUGUCCUCUCGAGACAGCCACAGCAGGGGCGGAUCAAAAUGGUUCGUGCUGUUCCUACCAAUCGGGUGACUGUUUGGUUCCGAUCACAAAAUACACGGAAAUACUUCAAUAUUACGCUGCUUUCUCCGGCUUAACACAACCACUUACCCAACCCCAAGCAGUGUGGCGGCGGAUCGUAAACGGUGAUAACUGCACCGUCGGUAGAACGUUCUCAAAUUAUCUUUCUAUGGAAUACCAGUGUAUUGCAGACUCUUCCAUAAUAAACAUGGCGACUGCUGCUUCGCUUUCGGGCCACUUUGUCUCUGCAAUGUACCCAGUCAUAGAAGGGGAGGAUGCACGCGAGCUCUGUGAAUGUACAGUCACGAGCAAUCAGCCAAAACUGGACAUCAUUGCGCUGGACAUGCGUCUUGAAUGUUAUGCUGCAUAUGAAAACAUCACAUGUAGCGCCAACCAUUCGUUAACAUUCACGGAUAGGGAACAAAAGAAAACGUUGGUCAGUGAAACUGACAAAGUUCUUGGUCAAAACAACGUGGUCUUUAGCACACAGGGUUCCAGUUUGACGAUCACUUUUCGGCGUGAUAAUGGGACUCGUCCACAAAUGGUUUGGUUCAGUGUUCAAGGCAGAGAACCUACUGCCAUGAUAACCGUCCGCUGUAACAAACCGGAAAUUUCGACAAGAUCCACAGUGAACACCACAACAUCGGAUGAGGAAGAUGCCAGCCUCACCGCUAUUAUAGCAGGAACUGUUAGCGGGGCCGUCCUUAUUCUUCUAGUCAUUGUCAUUAUGGUGUGCAAAAACAGGUCUGAUCUGGCAAAGGCAGAGAAUUUUGCAAACAGAGGGAAAAUAAAGCAGGUACCAUCCAGUGACCAUCCAAAACCUAAACAGCCGCAACAGAAAACAAAUCACCAACAGAGAGGAGGCCAUGAGGAAAAGACUAAUCAGCAAAAGAGAAGACAGAUGAAAAUCAAUUCUCCAAAGGGUUUGGAAAUGAGCAUGAAUGACCCUGUCUACCAUGAUGUCACGAUCCCGAGUCAAGGGCAACGACAAAAAAAGGUCACAAGAUAA